UUCAAAUCGAUUCAGUCCGCACAGUCUCCCCGAUCGACGCUCCAUUUUCCAGAGCCUUCCCACCGUUAAACGCCGUUGCCGCCGCCCCUCAUCCCACCGGAAAAUCCAUUUCUCCACCAUAUCAUCCGCCAUUCUCAGCUCCUUUCUUUGCUAUUAUCGCGGCCUCACUCCACCGUGCUGGUUCUGUCGUUUUCCCCUACCGAUUCCACAACCCCUUGGUCACUGUUGCCCCAACACCACUAUAAAAAACCAAAAGGGCAAUCUCCUGUUUACGGUUGGUGAGUAGCUGUUGGAACUUGGCGUAACCGUUCCUUGCUAGGGAGUGAGCACGUAAGAGAGAGGUUGAUUGCGGAUGGCAGAUCCUCAAGGAUUAGAAGGGAGCCAGCCUGUGGAUCUCUCGAAGCAUCCUUCUGGCAUUGUCCCCACUCUCCAGAAUAUUGUCUCAACAGUUAAUUUGGACUGCAAGUUGGACCUUAAAGCCAUAGCGUUGCAAGCAAGAAAUGCAGAAUACAACCCAAAGCGUUUUGCUGCUGUGAUUAUGAGGAUCAGAGAACCAAAGACGACAGCACUCAUUUUUGCUUCCGGAAAGAUGGUUUGUACAGGAGCGAAGAGUGAACAACAGUCAAAAUUAGCCGCUCGCAAGUAUGCUAGAAUCAUCCAAAAGCUUGGAUUUGACGCUAAAUUUAAGGAUUUCAAGAUUCAAAACAUAGUUGGUUCAUGUGAUGUUAAAUUUCCCAUUAGACUUGAAGGCCUUGCUUAUGCCCAUGGAGCCUUUUCCAGUUAUGAACCUGAACUGUUCCCUGGAUUAAUCUAUCGGAUGAAACAGCCAAAAAUUGUAUUGCUUAUCUUUGUAUCAGGAAAGAUCGUCCUCACUGGAGCAAAGGUGAGGGAAGAGACUUACACUGCCUUCGAGAAUAUAUAUCCUGUUUUGACUGAGUUUAGGAAAGUUCAACAAUGAUCUUUCCAAGUGCUGGUCUUCUGAGCAAGGAAUGGUGGAUCAUUUGAAUGAAAAUGUAAUGAGAUAGACAGAUCUGGCGAAAGAUUGGCUUUCGGUAACCCACUUGUAUGAUGUAGGGGAAAAAUAGAAUGAGAACUUUGGUGUUGGUUCCGGGUUAUUCUCUUUAGGUUUGACUUUCCUCAUUUGUAAGAUAAUUGGAAUUCUGUAAUUAGUUUUAUCAAUGCAAUUUUGGGUUUUAGCUGUAGUAAGUUAUAAUGUUGCCCUUCUCUGUGGUGAUGAACGUGGUAGGCUUUUGCAGAGAGGUUUGAUAGAAAAGAAGGAAGAAUAUCCUCUGUUCAUCGAUCAGGUUUGAAGUUAGGACACAGUGAAUUGAUUCGGUAGUGAGAUUUGGUAAAAAGUAAUGUGAGUUUUUCAUCAUCCUGCUCUAAAUUUGAACUUCAUUGUGUGUCUUAUUCGGAUUGUUGCAGUGUAAAGUAACUUAGAUUAUUAUUACUUCUACCAUAACA